AUGUUCAGUGAAGAUGAUUUACACCUGGGAUUUAGCAUUCAGUACAAUUAUACGGAGAAACAAUGGGUCGCUGUCGAUUUAAUACUUAGAAAUAACGCUUCUUAUACAUCCUGUAUAAAUGGGACAUUAUGGUCAGAUGAUUGGGAACGUCCAAACCCUUACCCUACAUUAGAAGAUACAUGGACUGAUUUUGGACCUUGUUUUACUAAAAUCGAACUACUUAACGAUAAAUCCAAGUAUUUAUCCGAAGCAUCUAGAUUGUUCAACAAGUAUAACAUGAAUGAUAUUCUGAACCAAAGUAAUAUUACUCAUGGAAAUAAUUACACUUAUCAAGAAAUUUCGGACGCUGUUUCUAAGGCCACUCACGGAAUAAAACCUGCUGUAAAAUGUUUCCAUAAUCAUUUUUACAGAAGUGGAAACAAUUUGGUACUAGAUAAAAUAACACUAUUUUUCGACAAAUCUUUCAAUUUAAUCAAUCCAUUGAAACAUCAUUAUCGUGGAAUGUGCUCAACGGAAGACGAAAAUGGCUAUUACUUGCUAUCUCAAAAAGCCUACCCAGCUGACUGUCCUCGAUAUUGUAGAAAUUCAACAAAAUGUCAAAAGCCUAAGUAUUCGUGGAUCAUAAGAGAAUUUACUUUUAUGUUCAAGGACAACAUAGAAUUUUCAUGCGAUACAGAUGAUCCUCAUCACUAUGACGCUAAAUACAAUUUGACUUCGCUGUCGUCUAUCAAGAAUGAGAUAGUAGACAAGUGGGAAAUUAAAGAAGAUAAUUAUAAUUGUGAUAGUAAAGAUGUUUUAAUUAGAAAGUAUUGGGAGAAACAAGGCAUGUGUUCGGCUUAUUUCAAGGAACUUACCAAUGAAUUCAAAUUUUACAAUAAAUCACUCGAGUUGUUUGAUAAAUACAACAUGGGUACAAUUUUACGGCAAUCUAAUAUUGUUCCUGGGAAGAAUUACACUCAUCGGGAAAUCCACGACGCCGUUGCAAAGGGCAUCGGUGGCAAGAAAGUCAGAGUUAGAUGCGAUCAUCACUUUUUUGGGUUUCAAGUGUUGUCUAUAGUUGAAUUUGUCAUGGAUAAAAAUUUCAAUCCUACUAAUCCAAUUGAUAGAUUGUUAAAUUCCUUGAUAGGCAGAGCACUUUCAAUGUUCAUGUCUGUAAUCGUGAUAAAGUUAUAUUUUAUCAGGACUUUAACGAUUUUGUCGAGGAAAAAAGGAAAGAUGAGGAAUGGGCAAGAAAAGAAUUUGGUGACUUUUAUACCAAUAGAGUCACAAACAUAA